AUGUUCGUCGUUGGCAUAGUUAUUUUCGAUACCCAGUGUGAUGACAACUUAGUCACUUCUCGGUUUCUCAACGAGAGAGUUGUAGAAUGGCAACCCUACGAAAACGGCAUCGGCUCCUCUACGAUCGAUGGUACUAAGAUGGAGUUCCUAGGCGAGAUCCUAGGAAGAUGGUAUAUUGUAAAAUCCAGUAAUCGCGACAACGUGCCACCCCGCUAUGAAAUCGCUACCUUCAAGGUUAUCGAUUGUCAAGAAUGCCAAGUGAUUAUCGGACGCAAUACCAUCAAAGAUUUGGCUAUGCCUACCAUGUUCGAGGAACUUGGGCCAUCUCGCUUCAGUGCUAGUAAUAUUAGCACGCUAGUGAAUAGAUUAAAAAAACCGAGUUAG